AUGACCCUCCAGACGAUGCACGCCUUCCACCACCCGCCCGCUCCCGACUCGCCCCCGGACCUGACUGACUCCAAGUCGUCCAAGUCGUCGUCGCUGCCGGACUCGAGCCUGUCCGAGCUGCCCGGCCCGCAUGACAUCUCGCACUUUGAGGACAUCACCCUCGACGACAUCAAGACGACCACCCUGCAUGCCGACAAGCGCGACUCGGCCAAAGCCUUCGUCCCGCGCUCACCAAUGGCGCCCACCGCAACCCUCGCCCGCUCCACCACCCUGCCCACCCCCGGCCCAGCUCCCAGCCGCGACCUGACCACCGCCGCGAAGCCCGCCAAGCCGGGCCUGCGUGUCAACGUCAAUGGUUCCGCCAAAGAGGCCUCCUCCACCCUCGGCAUCCCCAGCCGCCGCAGCAUGCGCCGUGGCUUCAUCAGCCCCUCCACGCCCUCGUUGACCCCGGGCCGUCAGUCCAGAUCGCCCUCGCCCGCAGGCAGCGCUGCGCGCUCCCCCCGCUCCCCGUCCAAGCGCUUCACUGCACCGCCGUCUCCCACCUCGCGCGGCGGCCCUCUCGACUUCAAGCCUGGCCUCAUGCCUACCGUGCGGAGACAGUCGUGGCAGCCCGGCAGGAAGACGGUCGAAGAGUUGGAGGCUGAGUAUCACGACUCGGACGAGGAUCUCCCUGACGAUGCCAUCAUGUGGAAUGUUCCCAUGUCUCCCCGCCCGCCCCACCACCGAGCAUCUCGGUCGCCAUCCUUUUCGUCCGUCGCCGAAAGCGUGCCUGAAGCGAAGAACCAGGACAACGGUCCUCCCAAAUCCCCCUCGCGAUCCUCUACCGGCUCCUCCUACGCUGCUUCCACGCACAGCAGCAUCCCGGAAGACUCCGAGCUUGACGUGACACGGACAAAAUCGUGGGGCGAUGCGCUGGACGACCUGUCACAGGAAGCGAGGGAAUUGACCGAGGCGCUGGAGGAAUACGCAGGCGAGACCGAGCGCCAGCGCGAGGCCAGGAUCCAGAGUGGUGCGGCUUCGGCACGACCAUCGAUAGAGAAGAAGAAGAGCAGCCCGUCGUUGGUUCAGCUACCCCCGAUCCAGAAAGGAAACAUCAUGAUCGAUCCGCUGCCGAUCAGCAAGGAGAAGGAGAAGGUGUUGAGUCGAACGAGACCCAGCUGGCUGCCGCCCAAGGACCCGCAGGAGGAAAGGAAGCAUUUGAGAGAAUACCAGAAGAUGAUGGCGGCUGCGCAGGAGGCUGGCAAGUACCAGAGACGAAUGGCCGCGAAGCUUCAGGAGAAGCAGCAGCAACGCGACACCACCCAAACAUCGAUUUCGCGCAUCUGGGACCAGCACGUGCUUCCCAACUGGGACCAGGUCAUCAACGAGCCACGGACACGCGAGCUGUGGUGGCGCGGGGUCACGCCUCGUAGCCGUGGUACGGUUUGGAAACGUGCGAUCGGAAACGAGCUGGGCCUGUCCGAAACUGGCUACAAAGCAGCGCUAGAACGCGCCAAGAAGCUGGACAAGAAGCUGGCGAAACUCGACCCAGAGUCCAGGGGCAAUGCACGCGAAUCUGUCUGGUUCGACAGCAUCAGACGGGAUGCCAACGAGGCUUAUCCCGAGCUCAAGAUCUUCCAAGCCGGUGGGCCACUUCAUGAGAGCCUCCUUGACGUGCUCAUGGCCUAUGCCAUGUACCGCUCCGACGUCGGCUAUGUCUACGGGACUCACCUGAUCGUCGGUGUUUUGAUCCUCAACAUGUCGCCAGCCGACGCCUUCAUCAGUUUGGCUAACGUCUUGAACCGCUCGCUUCCUAUGGCUUUCCUCGUCAACGACACUAACGCCAUGCGCCGCGCUCGCGACCUUGUCCUGAAAACGCUUCAUUACAAGAUCCCCAAGCUGCACUACCAUCUCACCGAGGGAAUUUCCUUGGAGCCCGAAGAGUUCCUCGAUCCGCUAUUCCGCACCAUGUUCUGCCACGGCCCCGGGCUGGACAUUUCCAGCCGUAUCUGGGAUGUUUACGUGUUUGAGGGCGACAAGUCGCUUGUGAGAGCCGCAGUCGGAGUGCUAGAUGCGCUAGAAGGACGACUAUACGGAAGCCGGGAAGAAGUCCUGGAUUUGUUGGGAUGGAGUGCAACGCAAGAAUGGGGUAUUAAGGACGAAGAUGCAUUCAUGAGAGGCGUUCGAAACGCCGGAAAGGUCGAUUCGGCCAGUACUGGUGGGGUGAGCCCCGGAGGUGCGAGGUAA